UUCAAGUUAGAAGAAGAAGAGGUUUUUCCCCCCGGUUGUCGGUUGUAAACACUGGGCUGAAGCCGAGUGCUUUACAUUUUAACUUAACCUUAAGCACGCUAAAUCUCGCCUCCGGAUUUCGCGGAGAGAGGAAAGAAUAAAAGAUGCACAUUAAGUCUAUUGUUAUCGAAGGAUUUAAAUCCUACGCACAGAGGACGGAGAUCAACGGUUUCGACCCGCUGUUCAACGCCAUCACCGGACUGAACGGCAGCGGCAAGUCCAACAUUUUGGACUCGAUAUGUUUCCUCCUGGGGAUUUCCAACCUCACACACGUGCGAGCCUCCAACCUCCAGGACCUGGUGUACAAAAAUGGGCAGGGUGGCAUCACCAAGGCCACUGUGUCUAUCACGUUUGACAACUCCAACAAGAGCCAGAGUCCUCUGGGGUUUGAAACCCACGAUGAGAUCACCGUCACCAGACAGGUGGUGAUUGGUGGUAGGAACAAGUACCUCAUCAAUGGAGUCAAUGCCAACAACACCAGGGUGCAGGACCUUUUCUGCUCUGUUGGCCUCAACGUCAACAACCCGCAUUUCCUCAUCAUGCAGGGAAGGAUCACCAAGGUUUUAAAUAUGAAGCCACCAGAGAUCCUUGCCAUGAUUGAGGAGGCAGCAGGCACCAGGAUGUAUGAAUGCAAAAAGAUUAGUGCUCAGAAGACCAUUGAGAAGAAGGAAGCCAAGCUGAAGGAGAUUCAGACCAUUUUGGACGAGGAAAUUACUCCAACUAUGCAGAAGCUCCAAGAGGAACGUUCAUCAUACCUGGAGUACCAGAAGCUGAUGCGUGAGAUUCAGCACUUGUCUCGGCUGUACGUCGCCUGGCUGUUUGUGUGUGCGGAGGAGACCAAGGCGAAGUCGGCAGAGAAUCUGAAGGUGAUGCAAGACAAAAUCGCCAAGAUGCAGGCCACCAUGGCUGAGAACGAGAGCAAAGUCCAGGAGCUGUCAGCCCAGAUUCAAGAGCUGCAGAAGAAAAAAGACCAGGAGGUGAACGGAGUAUUAAAAUCCCUGGAGGAGGCUCUAGCUGAUGUACAGCGCGUGGAUGCAAAAGCUCAGAGUGCGCUUGACUUGAAAAAACAAAACCUCAAAGAUGAAACCAAGAAAAGGAAGGAGCUUGUGAAGAGCAUGGAUGAGGACAAGAAGAUGCUUGUGGUAAAGGAGAAAGAGGUUUCCAAGUUGACCGGGCAGCUUCAGGCUCUGCAGGAGGAGGGACAGAAAGACAGCGCCGCUCUCGAGGCAGCUGAGCAACAUUUCAAAGCCGUGUCCGCAGGUCUUUCCACCAACGAGGACGGAGAGGAGGCCACAAUCGCAGGGCAGAUGAUGACCUGCAAGAAUGACAUGAGCAAGGCAGACACCGAGGCUAAGCAGGCGCAAAUGACCCUGAAGCAUGCCCAGGCAGAGCUGAAGACCAAGCAGGCAGAGGUGAAAAAGAUGGAUAGCGGCUACAAGAAGGACCAGGACAACCUGCAGGCUGUCAGAAGCAGCAGGGAGAAACUCGAGGCUGAGCUCGCCAAGCUCAACUAUGAAGAUGGGAAGGAAGAACGUCUGCUGGAGAAAAGAAGGCAGCUGUACAGAGAGGCCUCUAAACUGAAGGAGACCUAUGAGCGUCUGGUGUCCCGCUUCCCCAACCUGCGUUUUGACUACAAGGACCCAGAGCGAGGGUGGGAGCGCAGCAAAGUGAAGGGGCUGCUCGCUAACCUGAUAUCGGUGCGCGACGUCUCCUACGCUACGGCGCUGGAGGUCGUCGCAGGAGGACGGCUCUAUAACAUUGUGGUCGACACGGAGGUUACUGGUAAAAAACUGCUGGAGAAGGGAGAGCUGCAGAGGAGGUACACCAUCAUCCCCCUCAACAAGAUCUCUGCCAAGACACUUAAUGACAGAGUGGUCAACAGCGCUAAGAGCCUGGUUGGAGAAGACAACGUUCACGCAGCCCUGUCCCUGGUUGGCUAUGAAUCCGACCUGCGUAAGGCCAUGGAGUACGUGUUCGGCUCCACGCUGGUCUGUGACACGCUGGACAACGCCAAAAGAGUUGCUUUCGAUAAGCAGGUCAUGACCAAGACUGUCACUCUUGGUGGGGACAUCUUCGACCCUCAGGGGACUCUGAGCGGAGGUGCCCGCUCCCAGUCGGCGUCCGUUCUGGCGAGUCUGCAGGAAGUGAAGGAGGUUCAGGACAACUUGAACGACAAAGAGGCCCAACUUCAGGACACCGAACGCCAGCUGGCCGGCCUCAAGGGAACCGCUGAGAAGUACCGCCAGCUGAAGCAGCAGCAUGAGCUGAAGGUAGAAGAGGAACAGAUUCUGCUGGCUAAGGUGCAGCAGAGCUCCUUCCACCAGCAGCAGGAGGAGCUGGAGCGGCUGCGCAAGGCGAUCGAGGAGAGCGAGGAGACCUUGCGUGUGACCAAGGAGGUGCAGAAGCGGGCCGAGGAAAAAUACAAGGUGCUGGAGAACAAGAUGAAAAACGCGGAGGCAGAGAGGGAGAAGGAGCUGAAAGCCGCCCAGCAGAAACUUAACACAGCCAAGGCCAAAGCUGACGCCUUCAACAAGAAGCUAAAGGAGAAGCAGCAGGAGUCCGACGCCGUGGCUCUGGAGCUGGAGGAGCUUCGGAGGGAGCAGGCCGGCUACGAGCAGCAGAUUCAGGCUGUGGACGAGGCGAUGAAGGCCAUCCAGGAGCAGAUAGACAGCAUGGCCUGCACCGUGUCGCAGAACAAGGAGGGAGUGCGUAAAGCCCAGGAGGAGCUGACCAAGCAGAAGGAAGUGAUCAUGACACAGGACAAAGAGCUCAAGGGGAAGAGCACAGAGGCCAACAAGAUGAGGGAGCAGAACAACGAGAUCCAGCUGAAGAUCAAGGAGCUUGAGCACAACAUCAGCAAACACCGCAAAGACAGCCAGGACGCUGCAGACAAGGUGUCCCGGAUGCUGGAGGAGCACGACUGGAUCCACUCCGAGCGCCAGUUCUUCGGGCAGCCGAACACCUCGUACGACUUCAAGACCAACAACCCCCGCGAGGCGGGCCAGCGCCUGAAGAAGCUGGAGGAGACGACCAACAAGCUGGAGAGGAACGUCAACAAGAGGGCCAUGAACAUGCUGAACGAGGCCGAGGAGAGGUACAACGACCUGAUGAAGAAGAAGAGGAUCGUGGAGAACGACAAAGCAAAAAUCUUGCAGACCAUCGAGGAGCUGGACCAGAAGAAAAACGAGGCUCUCAACCUGGCAUGGCAGAAGGUAAACAAGGACUUUGGCUCCAUUUUCUCCACCCUGCUGCCCGGAGCCACAGCCAAGCUGGCUCCUCCCCAGGGCGGCGGCGUCCUGGAGGGCCUCGAGUUCAAGGUGGCCUUGGGAAACACCUGGAAGGAGAACCUCACCGAGCUGAGUGGCGGCCAAAGGUCACUGGUGGCGUUGUCUCUCAUCCUGGCCAUGUUGCUCUUCAAGCCGGCUCCCAUCUACAUCCUAGAUGAGGUGGAUGCUGCUCUGGAUCUGUCGCACACGCAGAACAUCGGACAGAUGCUGCGCACGCAUUUCAGACACUCCCAGUUCGUGGUCGUGUCCCUGAAGGACGGCAUGUUCACCAACGCCAACGUCCUGUUCAAGACCAAGUUCGUCGACGGCAUGUCCACGGUGACGCGCACCGCGCUCAGCCAGAGCGACGCCAACGUUCCCCAGAAGGGACACGACAAGGGCCGACAGAGGGACAAGAAGAAGCAGCUGAUCAGCUGAUCUGGGCCGAGUCACGUUUGAAGCUCGAGCUCGUGUUCGCGUCCGAGAACGACUUCGCUUUUACUUUACAAAACGUUGGCGUUUGCGUCAUUUCUGCAGCCGCCUCGAGGGUGAAUUUUGUUACCAGCUCAUUCUGUCUUUCAUCAUUCACAUCUUUUGUGUAUUUUAAAUGUUAACUGUAUAUUUCCUUUUGUCUGAACUAUCGUCUGACUUCAUGCUCCUGCUUCAUCUGUUUAUAUGAACCUAAAUAUUUUAGUAAAUAAAGACAGUUUAAUAUCAAUG